AUGGCUGGAACAGAAGUUGCAAUUAAUAAUCCAGAUAAUAAUAAUAUAGUAACUAUAAUUGAACUUAGUACAAAAUUUAAAUUUGCAAUAGUCACAAAUUUCAAUAUGGAUAUGGAAAUUUGUUCUCCAGGUUCCUUUGAAAUAUUACGCUGCGACACCAAAUUAAAUAAUCUAACCAACAUCCAAAAUGGAUGCCAAGAAUAUAUUUCUGGCCCUAUUAUUAAUAUUACCGAGGGUGCUGAUGAUAAGUACUGCUGUUAUACCUUUAAAGCUAACAAAGCUAUAGAGUAUACACAUGGAAAGCCAGAUGGCUUGAACAAGUUGAAAUUUUAUUACAACAUUAAUGCAACGGAUGCUGAAAAAGAAAAACUUGGUGUAGCUUUAAUUCAAAUAAGAGUUUUUUCGCCUGACUUGUUGGAUGUCAGUGAGAUGGACAAAGCUGUUCGAUCACGUAUCAACCUUCAAUGGGAUUUUAUGUCAGGAAUAAUAGGCUAUAUUUCAUUAAUCAAGUUCAAGACAAGUAUAUAUAAAAGUAUACCACCUCGGGAUGCUUCUGCCAUCAUUGGAUUUGAGCCCAACUAUGCAACUACUCCGAGAAUUGAUUGCACAAUCAGUCAAUUUCCCUUUAACCAGAAUCCAUUAUCUGUACCAAAUGGAACCAAUGGUUAUUUUUCAGUUGCUGCUGGGGAUUUUGUACAGGAAGAAAUUUCUGAAAGGCGCACAAGUACUAUUCUAAGUAGCAUUGCAUCAGCUGGUGGUGCCUUUGGUCUUAUCGGAAGCAUCCUUGUGUGGUUGUAUGGAUCCAGCAGUUUUGAUGAGUGGGGAUUUGCAAGAAGAAUGUUAGAUAAUCCAUGGUAUUGGGUAGAUAAAUUGAAAGGGGGUUAUGAAAGUUUGAACAUUUUUCAAACUUCUUCAAAAACAUUGACAGCUAACGAUCAUGAGCAUGGUAGUUAUUUUGUUAUUAAAACGAUUAAUAAGCUUAAAGAAUGA